AUGAAGAAAUCAAACUUUAGGCCAAAUAGUCAAGAAUUUGUACUCCUCUCAGUUGAGGGAUACAAGAAGCUGGCUAACAUCGAUAGCUCAUGCAAGAAUUUGUACUGGACUACCGAUAUCAAUACAGAGAUUCCUAUUAAGUACAAUCUCAAUGAUGAUAAAGGUCUAGUGUCUGUCACUCCAAAGACAUUGCCACAGUGUCUUGUUGAAAAUGUAAAGACACACAGAGACUGGCCAAGCAUGCAUGCAGAAGUAGCUAAGGACGAAUGGACCCUCUGGACAUGGGGAGAUGUCUGGAAGAUCAGUUUUAACUUUGCCAAAUCUCUACUCGCUUUUGGUGUAACUCACAGAUCAGCAGUCAACAUCAUCGGCUACAAUCAUCCAAUGUGGAUCUUUGCCUUCUAUGGGACUAUCAUUGCUGAUAAUGUAGCUGUUGGUGUCUAUAUGACUAGUACUCCUCCAGCCUGUGAGUAUGUGGCAGACCAUAGCUCUUGUGAGCUUGUUGUUUGUGAAGACCUCAAGCAAGCUGAAAAAUAUCUCAGCAUCAUUGAUAAACUGCCAAAGAUCAAAGGAAUCGUAAUCUGGAGCAUUCCUAAAUUCGAAACUAGACCUCACUCACUCGUAAUGGGCUGGGAAGAGUUUCUCAGUCUUGGAUCCCAGGUUCAGGAAGACUCUGUAAGAUAUGUUGAGAUCUUGCAUGAUAGGAUGGAAAAGCAAGUUCCAGGGAUGUGCUGCAAUAUCGUUUAUACCAGCGGCACUACAGGAAAUCCCAAAGGAGUCAUGCUAACUCACGAUACAAUGUAUUUCAUGAGCAACAAGUACCUUAAGAGUUGGGAUACAGAAGGUCUCGUUGAUGGAAAAGAAAGAGUUGUCUCCUACCUUCCUCUCUCACAUAGUGCAGCUCAGACUUAUGACAUAGGGUUCAAUUAUGUUGGCAAAGUCCAGCUAUAUUUCGCGAGGCCCUGCGCUCUGCAAGGCAGCUUAGUCGACACUCUGAAGCAUGCGAAGCCCACCAUUUUCUGGGCUGCACCAAGAGUUUGGGAGAAAUUGGAACUGAAAUUGAAGGAGAAAGCACCAAAAUCACCAACUCUGGUUCAGAAGCUCCCUAGUUGGGAUAAGGAAUCAUAUCCUGUGCAGGUACACCAAGCUUCCUCGAAGACUUCUGAAUAUCUGAGUGCUAAUUUCACAGAUGUGAGGGAUAUGCAAUGAGAGAUUGGACUCGAAGAGUCCAAGAUCCUCAUGGUGACCUCUGCACCAAUGAAAACUUCAACUCUAGAGUUCUUCAAGUCCAUUGACUUGCCAGUCAUGAAUGUCUAUGGGAUGAGCGAAUGCAAUGGCCCUGAGACCUCUGGCAAACCUUCUAGGUUUGCUGAAGGCUCAGUUGGCUUUCCUAUUGAAGACACUCAUAUUAAGAUCGACACUAGAAACAAGACCGCUGGCGGUCUUGAGAACGAGGGAGAGAUCUGUUUCAGAGGCAGAAACAACUUUAUCGGGUAUCUUAACAACGAAGAGAAGACCAGGGAGACCCUUGACUCCAAUGGCUACAUUCACUCUGGAGACAUUGGUACUUUUGAAGAUGAUGGCUUUGUGAGGAUCACUGGCAGGAUCAAAGAGCUCAUUAUUACUGCUGGUGGGGAGAACAUAGCCCCUGUUUUGAUUGAGGACUCAUUUAAAAAUAUCUGCCCCAUUGUGAGCAACAUGAUGGCAGUAGGAGACGGAAAGAAGUACCUCACAGCUUUGAUUACUUUAAAGGUAGAAAUUGAUACUACUAAUGGGAAGAAUUUGCCGACUAAGAACCUCACACUUUUCGUAAAGACUUUCCUUGAGGAAGAGCUUGGAGUUACAGGAGUGGUGACAACAGAAGAUGCUAUUAAGAAUAAGAAGGUCAUGGAGUACCUUCAAAAAAUGGUGGAAAAGAAUAAUAAAAUGGCUGCUUCUAGGGCUCAAACUAUUAAGAAGUUCAGGCUACUCCCCACUGAUUUUAGUUUCGAGGGAGGAGAACUCACUCCUACUCUGAAGUUGAGGAGAGGACCAACUCUUGAUAAAUAUGCAGAGGUGAUUGAUGAAAUGUACAUUGACCAGGACAUGACUUCUAAAAUUUAAUUUUAAGUUUCAACUAACCAUAU